AGCGGGCAUAUCCUUCUUUUCAACCAACUCUUUCUUCUGUCCUUUCACAGAUACUGCGAACAGUACUCAGCAAUGGCUAACAACCAGAAUCAAUCCGCUGUCGCCCAGAAAUCUAACUUUACCGAUUUAUACAACCAUCAAGACCCGCGGGGAUAUCUUACAACCUUAGCGCCCCUGCAAUAUACAAUCCCGCAGCAAGCGCUACCUUUGUUCCAGCGGCUUCAUCAAUUUUCUUGUCGGGGGACGACCGUUUCCGCAAUUUUAGACAUCUGCUGCUCAUACGGAAUCAAUGGAGGUCUGCUCCGGCACCAUGUGGACAUCGAUACUUGGACCGCCCAUUACACGGGCUCGGAGCUGAAUUCCAAGCAGCAGGUUCUGGCAGACAAGGAGAUCUUUGGGAGUCGGGAACGGUCUUCCAAGCCCGUGGUGUUUGGGCUUGACAAGGCAGAUCAGGCUAUUCGCUACGCCUUGGGCGCCGGCUUAAUCGACGCUGGUUGGGUCGAGGAUCUAGAGGUCCAGGAUCCCUCUCCGGAUCUUCGCAAGGCGCUGCAGGACGUGAGUCUUGUCAUCUGUACGGGCGGUGUUGGCUACGUGAGCUCCCGCACCUUCGCCCGCAUAGUGGCUAGCACUGUGAUUCUGACAUCUUCCUACGACGAGAUCGCGGCUACAUUGAGAGAACAUGGGCUCGUGACGGAGAGGCUUCCGGGUGUUGUGCUUCGCCAGCGCCGCUUCGCCUCUGCCAAGGAGUAG